CUCUGUGACGUCACCGCUGGCACAGAAACGGGAUACUGGGAGAGCCGGAAGAGCCAGCAGAUCCCGGUUUAACGUUGCCGUUUGCCCAUCAAAAGCUUUGAGGUGUGAGCAGACUUAACGUUACAUCCACCGGGAACAGGGACAUCGUUACAUUUCUGUCCGGACUCUGGUCGGAGCUACCUUUGUCGUAGACGAGUGUGUGUCAUUGGCUCAGUAAAGAUGUGGAAAGCAGCAGCAGGACAGUCGGUCAACGUUGCCGUAGACGACGGAGGAGACGACUGGGAGACUGACCCCGACUUUGAGAAUGACGUGUCAGAGAAAGAGCAGCGCUGGGGUGCCAAGACGGUGGCCGGCUCCGGACAUCAGGAGCACAUAAAUAUCCACCGGCUGCGUGAGACGGUGUCGACGGAGCACACCAGCUUGAAGCAGAAGGAGCUGGAGGCGAUGCCCAAGGCCUCACACGGAUACGGAGGAAAGUUUGGGGUGCAGCAGGACCGCAUGGACAGGUCUGCUGUGGGUCACGACUACCAGAGCAAGUUGUCUAAGCACUGCUCCCAGACGGACACCUCCAAAGGCUUCGGAGGGAAGUUUGGAGUGCAAGCCGACCGCGUCGACCAGUCUGCAGUCGGGUUCGAGUACGCCGGGAAGACGGAGAAACACGCUUCUCAGAAAGACUACACCACUGGGUUUGGGGGGCGAUACGGAGUGCAGGCAGAUCGUGUGGACGAGAGCGCGGUGGGCUUCGAUUACCAGGGCAAAACUGAGAAACACGAGUCCCAGAAAGAUUACACCAAGGGCUUCGGCGGCAAGUUCGGCGUCGAGACCGACAAGGUGGACAAGAGCGCCGUGGGCUUCGAGUAUCAGGGCAAAACAGAGAGACACGAGUCACAGAAAGACUACGUGAAGGGUUUCGGGGGGAAGUUCGGCGUGCAGACAGACAGACAGGAUAAAUCAGCGCUGGGAUGGGAUCACCAGGAGAAACUACAGCUCCACGAGUCCCAGAAAGACUAUAAGCGGGGGUUUGGAGGGCAGUAUGGGGUAGAGAUGGAGAAGCAGGACCAGUGUGCUCUGGGCUAUGAGCACAAGGAGACCCUGGCCAAGCACGAGUCCCAGAAAGAUUAUUCUAAAGGAUUUGGAGGGAAAUUUGGUGUCCAGAAUGACCGGAUGGAUAAGAGCGCCGGGACGUUUGAAGACGUAGAGAAGCCGACUUCAUCUUACCAGAAAACCAAACCUGUGGAGGCUGCCGGCAGCAGCACAGGAAGCAUCAAGGCCCGCUUCGAGAACAUUGCCAAGCAGAAGGACGAGGAGGACAGGAAGAGGGCCGAGGAGGAGCGAGCGCGCCGGCAGGCGAGGGAGAGGCAGGAGCAGGAGGAGGCGCGCCGUAAAAUCGAAGAGACACCCAAGGCCCCGUCUCCCGUCCCCGCCGCCAGUCCCAGCCCCGCUCCCAGUCCCACUCCACCAGUCCAACCAGCUGCUGCCCCGACACAGCAGAGCGCGGAGGAGGCGUCCUACGAUGCCGCCGAGGAGAACGGCGAGCAGCAGUAUGAGGCGGAGCCACAGAGCCACGUCACACAGCAGGAGGAUCUGUACCAGACCCCCGAAGAGACCGCAGCAGCAGACGGUCAGCAGUACGAGUACGGCGAGGACCUCGGGGUGACAGCGGUGGCUCUGUACGACUACCAAGCAGCCGGAGACGACGAGAUCUCCUUCGACCCCGACGACAUCAUCACCAACAUCGAGAUGAUCGACGAGGGCUGGUGGCGAGGCGUGUGCAGAGGCGCCUACGGCCUUUUCCCGGCCAAUUACGUGGAGGUUCGGCAAUGAUAUCGCCCCGCCCCCCAAGAAGAAGAAGAAGAAGAAGAAGUUUUUCAAAUCCCCUUUUUUUCCCUUUUUUUUCACACUCGGGUCUUUUCUCUCUUCACCUCAUCGUAGCGCUUCGACACCAUGCGAGACGUCUCCAUAACCGGCUUUUCUUUUGCUUCUUUUCAUCCAUCCCUCCUCCAGCUUUUCCAUUUUUUUUUCCUUCAUUCGUCUCCGUGCAGCAGUUAGACAGGAAGUUAUCUUAACGGAUGACUCGAUACCAAGAGAAUAAAUAUAGAACUUAAUUAUCUGGGCUUAAAAAAAAAAAAAAAAAGGCACAAAGCGUCGUCCUGCACUUCUGCUUUGCACCAAUCAAAGCUGCAACAUUCUUCUUCUUCUUCUGCCUCGCAGCUAGAAGUUUGAAGCUUUAUUAAUAUUUUUUUUUUCUCUCCAGAUAUUGUAUUAGAGUUCAGCUUCACAGCAUCAGGUAUUGUUGCUUAAUCACAUGUUGGAGCUGCUCACUGUUUAGUAGCUUCAACUUAAUAUAAACAGAAGCAGUUAAAGAUGGAAAAACAACAACAACAACAACAACAACAACACUGCCUUGGAUUAUUAUUAUUAUGAUGAUGAUGUAAAUUGAUGGCUGUAUACUGUCCAGUACAUCCACAACGGACCAAAAAGCUCAUUAACCGCGUUUUAGCUUCUUGGUCUUCAUAAAAGGAAACUCACCUCCUGACUGAAGCUGCACUUCUUGAUGUUCGGAGCUUCGUGCUGUACGUUCUCCUUUUUUUUUCUGAACGCUCGCAUCAGUCGUAAAAGUUUUUUUUUUAUUAUUAAUGAUCAAUAACGAGGUUUCCUCCUUUUUACUGAUGUUUGAAUUGUUCACAGGAAAUAAAGGGGCCAAUAAUGUCAAAGA